UUCAUUUCGCCUCUUCCUUAAACCCUUCCCUUCCAAAUUUCUACCAGAAAAUCAAUGUCGAUUUCUUCCUGAUUUCACAGAAUCAAUCAAUCACAGAGUCGAUUGAUUCUGUUUCGAGCUCAAUUGAAUCAAUCAAUGGCUGCUUCGCGGCUCUCGUCGCUCGCUACGGCGGUCGCCAUGGCUGCGACGUGUACUGCCGCCGCCAAUAACCUCUCCUACGCCGAUUCGCCGUUCCGAUUCUAUCCAUUUACGUCUUCCUCGCCGGAGCCGGAGGCUCCGCCGAAGGACAGUUCAGUUCAGGGCGAGGCUCCUCAGCCAGCACCCGCCGUUGAAGUCUCCAAGGGCAGUUUUGACCCGGAAGCGCUGGAGAGGGGCGCGAAGGCGCUUAGAGAAAUUAACAAUUCUCCUCAUGCCAAACAGGUUUUUGAGAUUAUGAGGAAGCAGGAGCAGACUAGGCUAGCGGAGUUGGAUGCAGAGAAGGCUAAUUUUGAGGCUAUUCAAGCUCAUGCUGAUAUUGAAAAGCAGCGAAAAUGGGCUGAAGACCAAAGGAAUCUGUAUCAGCAGCAGGCGCAGGGUAAGGCACAAAUGAUGAGAUAUGAAGAUGAAUUGACUCGCAAGAGAAUGCAGACAGACCAUGAAGCACAAAGGCGCCAUAAUGUUGAAUUAGUUCAGAUGCAAGAGGAGUCAUCCUUAAGAAAAGAACAAGCAAGACGAGCUACUGAAGAACAGAUUCAAGCUCAGCAAAGACAGACUGAGAAAGAGAGAGCUGAGAUAGAGCGGGAAACAAUAAGAGUGAAGGCAAUGGCUGAAGCAGAAGGACGUGCUCAUGAAGCAAAAUUGACUGAAGAACAUAAUAGGAGGAUGCUUUUGGAGAGAAUAAAUGGUGAAAGAGACAAGUGGCUUGCUGCAAUAAACACAACUUUCAGUCAUAUUGAAGGGGGAUUUAGGGCUCUGUUGACUGACAGAAGUAGGUUGGCCAUGACUGUUGGAGGAGCUACUGCCUUAGCUGCUGGAGUUUAUACCACUAGGGAAGGAGCGAGAGUAAUGUGGGGAUAUGUCAAUAGGAUUCUUGGCCAGCCAUCUCUAAUUCGGGAAUCAUCUCUGGCAAAAUAUCCAUGGUCUGGAGUAGGUUCUCGAGUAGCCAAUAAGGUGCUUAGCUAUAGUACUGCAGCCGGGGCAGCAGCUGCUCAAAGUAAAUCUGCUCUCGGAGAUGUUGUCUUGCAUCCUUCACUGCAGAAAAGAAUAGAACAUCUUGCUCGGGCUACCUCAAACACGAAAAUCCAUCAGGCGCCAUUCCGGAACAUGCUCUUUUAUGGCCCUCCUGGUACUGGCAAAACCAUGGUUGCAAGGGAAAUAGCUAGAAGAUCGGGCUUGGAUUAUGCCAUGAUGACUGGAGGAGAUGUUGCACCGUUGGGUCCCCAAGCUGUUACCAAAAUACACGAGAUAUUUGAUUGGGCGAAAAAGUCGAAGAGGGGUUUACUCCUGUUUAUUGACGAGGCUGAUGCUUUCCUAUGCCAGCGUAACAACACGCACAUGAGUGAAGCUCAGCGAAGUGCACUGAACGCCUUGCUCUUCCGAACUGGAGACCAAUCUAGAGAUAUCGUUCUCGUUCUUGCCACAAACAGGCCGGGGGAUCUUGACAGCGCUGUCACAGAUCGCAUUGAUGAAGUUAUCGAGUUCCCACUUCCCCGAGAGGACGAGCGCUUCAAAUUGCUGAAGCUGUACCUGACAAAGUAUCUGACUGGCGAAGGCGAUAAGGAAUCAAGAUGGGGCAGCUUCGUUAAGAAUUCGCCACAGAAGAUAACCGUAAAAGAUAUAUCAGAUGAUGUACUGAGAGAAGCUGCCAGAAGGACGGAAGGCUUCUCUGGCCGCGAGAUUGCAAAACUGAUGGCGAGCAUUCAAGCAGCCGUGUACGGGAGGCCUGACUGUGUGCUCGACUCCGCUCUGUUCCGUGAGAUCGUGGAGUAUAAAGUCGCCGAGCAUCACCAGCGGAUAAAACUUGCAGCUGAGGCUUGAAGGGUUGCGAAUACCAAAAGUUGCAUUUGAUUUUGUAAGUCCUCUGUUUUGAAGAAUAAUACCCUGUUUUUUAUUCAUUCAAGAACAUAUUGAUACUUCGAUGUUAUGUAUCAUUAACAUAACUUACUAAUUUUGAAAAUAAAAAAUUGGUUAAAUUUCA